GCCAUUCUCCAUAAUUAAGAAACACUGUCCUUUUCUCCAUUUGUCCCAGCACACAUGGGUCGCCAUUCCUGUUCUUUAAAGCAAAAACUAAGAAAAGGUUUAUGGUCCCCUGAAGAAGAUGAGAAGCUUUUCCAUUACAUAACCAUCUUUGGUGUUGGUUGUUGGAGUUCAGUUCCCAAACUAGCAGGGUUGCAAAGAUGUGGAAAGAGUUGUAGAUUGAGAUGGAUAAACUACUUGAGACCUGACUUGAAGAGAGGAAUGUUCUCACAACAAGAGGAGAAUCUCAUUAUCACUCUUCAUGAAGUACUUGGAAAUAGAUGGGCUCAAAUUGCUGCACAGUUACCAGGGAGAACAGAUAAUGAGAUAAAAAACUUUUGGAAUUCUUGUUUGAAGAAGAGGCUAAUGAAGCAAGGGAUUGAUCCAGCUACACAUAAGCCAUUCUUCAAUAUUACUGAAUCAGUUAUAAAAGAGAAUGAAAAAUCAUCGAUGCUAAUGCCGACACUGUCUCAACCUCAAAGAGCUUUAUCUUCACAUGAAUAUUAUUCACAAGCACUUCUAAUGAGUGAUCUGAAUAAUUAUCACUGUAAUAUGAAUGGUUUAUCUUUUACAGAAGCUUCAAGAAAAACUCUAUUGAAUUCGAGUAAGCCAGCAUUUGACCCGUUAUGCUACAAUUUAUCUGUGAGCAAUUAUUAUCAGCCAAGGCUAAGAGAAUUUGAACAGAAUCUAUUUCUCGGAAGUGAUUCAAUUUCAAACUAUUUCUUCGAUUCAAUGCCUUGUCUAAAUAAUUCAGACAACAAUAGUUCAGCUUCCAAGUUUAGUUCUCUUUUGGUGAAUGAAAACUCGAGCAAUGGUUGUUCAACUAUGAAUGAUUAUCUAGCGUGUGAAAUGAGCAGCAACAUGAUCGAAAAUGCUGGUGGAUUAUUCUCAUGGGAAGGUGAGGAGAACAAUGUUUUGGAUCCUUUGUUACAGUUUGAAGUCAAUGCAGUAAAAUGUGAAGAGUUGUUGAUCAACAAGACAAGUUCAUGGCAAGAAGGACAGUUUCUGACUCAUAAUAAUUCAAUAAACUUGAGUGCCUAUCCUUUAACGUCACUGUCAGAAGAUCUAAGUAAUGAAGCUAAUUUUGAUGUAUUUCAGCAUUUAUGAGAUUGAGGAUAGGAUAGCAUAGGCAAGUUUUAUUGAUGUGUUUGUUUUCAUGCUAUUGCAUAUUAAGAGUGAAAGUGAAGCUACA